UAAUGAACAAAAUACCAAGAAAUUCACUAUAAUUAAAAUAUAAUAUUUUUGUCAAUAUUAUCCAUAACCAUCAUAAUGUGCUGUAAUCAGUGUAAUGUAAAUCAGUAUAUCGUAGCCUUUACUACAGUAAAGUAUAGUGUGAACUGUUAUUUUAUUUUUUAAAAAGGAAUUCUGACUCUGAUUCCGAGACAGAAAUUCUUGAAACGUCAAAAAGGAAGAAAGGUAUAAUAAACAGCGAAAAAUAUAAACGUAACAUUAUUAAAAAUGUGAAAGUACGAGGUGAAUCUUAUAUAAAUUACACUGGAAAAGAAAUUCAUGAAAAAUUACCAGCAACAAUAUGCACUCAUGACGUCGCUUUGGAAUAAAGCUCGAAGAUCGUUCUUAAACAGCAAUAUCACCUUUGCGGUUGUCCCAUGUGUGAAUAAGUCAUCAAUAAGAGAUAAUUUUCAUAGAAAAAAUACAGACGUAUGCGAGAGUACUGGAAAUUUUUGGAAUCAUGUCAAUCCAUGCCCAUUUUGUGGUCAUGAAGAUAGUCCAAUACCAGUAAGAAGUCAAAGAUCAAGUAGUGAUCCAACUGUAUCAAGUUUAUCAAGACUGCCUCCAAUUGAAAAUUCUAACCAAUUUGUAGCUCACAGAUCAGAUAUAGCCACAAUAACGAACAAUAAUUUGGUUAUUAAUGAGUCCAGAAAUUUGAAAAAAAAAUUACAAGUUGAGAUUAAACCACAAUAUCCAACUAGACAUGAAACAAGAGAAGACUUAUUACAAGAAGUUCGAAAAAGUCAUAAAAAUGAAAAUUUUAUUGCAAUUCAAAGAUUUUAUGAGAGAUCUUUCAAUUCAUUUGCUGAAAUUUGUGCACUGUUUAAGAUUAAUCCAAAUCAAUCUGGAGCUAAAUUAGAAGAUCCUGAAUUACAUUUAGAAUUUAUCUACUCAGUCCACGAUUCUCUUAAAGAUAUGCCGAACAUGAUCCAUAAAACAGUCUUGAAGUCUGUAAUUAAUGCAUUAUUAGAAAAGAAAAGAAGCCUAUAUGAAAAGGACGAGGUUAGAGCUCUAUAUGUACUUUUACAAUGUCCGAUUUUUGAAACUCGAUCUAGUGCUCCUAUUUUUGCUCAUUUACUCAAUCAUAUUGCACAUAUAAACAAAGAUGAUCAUCAAUUAUUGAUACACUGGUUCAGAAUAUUGGAGUUGGAAAAAUUAAAAACUUUAAUAAGGUACAUAAUGCAAUUUAUAACUUUGAGACAAUUUUCUCUGGGUGACAAAUCUUUACCGCCUAUUGGAAAAACACGUUGGUGGAUACCAUCAGCAACUAAAACGUUAGCUUUAAUAAAUGCUGCGAAUCGUCUUAGACCAGUAUUAUUUCAUUUUACUGAAUUAUAUAACUCGGCUUUAGAUCACAUUGAUCUUAUGAAUGAUUAUUACACCUGGCAAACAUAUGGCCCUAAUGAAUGUUUUGCCUAUUGUCAAUACCCAUUUAUUCUUAGCAUUAUUGCUAAAAGAGUUAUAUUGACUAAAGACUCUGAGCAACAAAUGAUACUUAAUGCCAGAAAAUCUUUAGUGUCUAAAGUUUCAAGAAGACAAACACCUAACAUUGAUAUUUUUUUCUUAAAUAUAAACGUCAGACGUUCACAUUUAGUGCAAGAUUCUUUAAAUGAGAUUGCAUUUAAGCAAAAGGAUUUAAAAAAAAAAUUGAAAGUGUCAUUUGCUGGUGAGCCAGGUUUGGAUAUGGGUGGUUUAACAAAAGAAUGGUUUUUACUUUUAAUACGUGAAAUUUUUGAUACGGAUUACGGAAUGUUCGUGUUUUAUCCCCAUUCUCAGUGUUACUGGUUUAGCACGAAUCAAACUGAUCAAACGAACCUAAGGGAAUAUAAUUUAAUUGGAGUACUAAUGGGUCUAGCUGUUUAUAAUUCUACCAUCUUAGAUUUGUGUUUUCCUGGAAUUUGUUACAGAAAACUGUUAUCCCCGCCAGUAAUACCAUCUAAUGAUAAUAACGUUGGAAUAGUACAAGAUCUUUCCUUGGACGAUUUAGAAGAAAUAAUGCCGGAUAUAGCUCAAAGCUUGCAAGAACUUUUAAAAUACGAAGGAAAUGUUGAAGAUGACAUGGGACUCACGUUUCAGGUUUCAUUAGAAGAAAAAAAUAAAAACACAGUGACAUACUCACUGAUACGGGAUGGUGAAAAUAUACCAGUAACAAAUGAUAACCGAGAAGAAUACGUAACUCUAUAUUUAAAUUGGUUUUUAAACCAUGCCAUAUAUGAACAAUUUAGAGCAUUUUAUUUUGGAUUUCAUAGUGUUUGUGCUUCUAACGCUCUAAUAAUGUUAAUGCCAGAAGAAGUUGAGCUACUUGUGUGUGGAACAAAAACGUUAAACUUACCAGAGUUACGAAAAGUAACUGAAUAUGAAGGAUACAAAUCGGAUGAAGAUUUCAUUAAAGAAUUUUGGAACGUCAUCAAUUCACUUACAGAUGUACAAAAAAGGAAAUUUUUACUAUUCGUUACUGGCAGUGACCGGAUUCCAGUUGGCGGUAUGGGAGACAUGAAUUUCAAAAUAAGUAAAGGGCCAAAUAAGCCUGAUUAUUUGCCUGAAGCUCAUACGUGUUUUAAUCAAUUAGUACUACCGCAGUACACUACUAGUGAAAAAAUUAAGGAUAAAUUACUCACUGCUAUAUUGAACACAGAAGGAUUCGGAUUAGAGUGAUAAAUUAAUUAAAAUUUUACUUGUAUUUUCAUAUAUUUCAAUAUAAACAAAAAGAUUAAAUAGUUGAAAAAAUAUAUAUUAAAAUAUAUAAAACAAAAUUAUAAAAUUGAUUUAAAAAAUGUAUACAGUCUUAUAAUGCAUAUAAUAAUUGACACUAAGCAGAAAAGAUACUGGAUGGACCUAUUGACUAAAAAUUGCAAGAUACAAAAAUCAACUUUUGCUCUUUUUUCAAAUUCAUGCUAUUGAAGAGAAUAUUAAAAUAAAAAAUAUAGUUUAUGUUUCAUAUUUGUCACAAUUAUUAAAAAUGUCAAAGAAUUUUUUAUAUUUCUUCUGUAUUGUCAAAAUUGACCAUAUAAAGAAACUUAUGUAGAAAAUGUAGAUAUUUU